UAUUUCAUGUCCGCCUAAAAGUACAACAAGAGCAAGAAAAACGUGUGCAGUGUGGAGUAAUUAAGUAGUUUAUUAUAUAAAUUAAAAAAGAAAUAAAAUGCGUAUUGAGGCGUGUUAUUUUUGUUCAUCGCGAAUUUAUCCAGGACAUGGGAUACAAUUCGUAAGAAAUGAUUGCAAGAUAUUCAAAUUUUGUCGAUCAAAAUGUCACGCAGCAUUCAAAAAACGCAAGAACCCACGUAGAACAAGAUGGACAAAAGCAUACAGAAAGACAGUCGGGAAAGAACUGGCUGUCGACCCGUCAUUCGAAUUCGAAAAACGCCGCAACGUACCCGUUAAGUACAACCGCGAGAUGUGGUCGAAGGUAAUCACGGGAAUGAAGAAGAUCGAGGAGAUCAGACAGAAGCGCACCAACACCCACAUCAUGCAGCGGCUACGAAAGGGCCGCGAGUUGGAGCAGGACCGCGACAUCAAGGAAGUCAAGCGCGACUUGCAUCUCGUCCGGUCACCUGCUGCUGGACUCAAAGAGAAACAGAAGCUCGAGCAGGCCCAGAAAGAUCAAGAGAAGAUGGACCAGUCUGAAAGCGAAGAAGAACCGGAAGCAAUCGCAAUUGAAAAUUAAAUUAAAUAAAUAUUUAUUUAUAGAUUUAAUUAAAUUUUUUAUUAACAAGUUUAUAUUUUUAGUUAAUUUACUUUUCUUUUGUAUUUUGUAAAUAAAUAACCAAUUAAAUAUUUAAA